AAUAGAGCUUAAUGCCUUUGUCGCCUACCAACGUGAGCGGGAAGCUAUUUCAGACUCAGCACCUGCACGCCAGCUUUUCAACUGGUGCCGAGAAGCUGGGCUGAAUGCACGAGGCCUGGAGCACGCUUUACUACUAAGAGACAGAAUCGGUGCCGUAUGUCGUCGCCUUGGAUUGCCUUGGGUGGAAGCUGAGCCGGCUGGUAACCCAGAACCAGUCUUGCGCGCGCUCACACGAGGAUUCUUUGGGCAGGUCAGUAUUUUCAGCUCAGGUUUGCGUGGUUGA